GGAAAGCAUCGAAGAUUGACGAAGUUUAAAAGGAUUUAAAUCAAAUAAUGACGCUUAAUACCAUCAUGUGUUUACUGUUUAUGGAGGACUAGUGGCCAGGCAUCAUCAUGGCUUGCUCCAAGCUACAAAUAUCGGAGCUGUCCUCCAUGGACCCAGAAAAUUAUGAGAAAUUCUUUCGUGCAAUACAAUGGGUUCCAAAUAGGAAAUUGGAUAAAAAAUCCCAUAAAAAGAUCUCAAAAAAGGAAAGAUUGAGGAGAAUUAAAGCGACCGGCUCUGUGGGUAUUUGCAUCGCACCCGUACUGCUGCGGAAUGCGUCACAUUUCGCAGUCUACGCCACAGUCCGCAAGUCUAUACUCAUCCGAUCUGGACAACUGCGUUCAGUAACUACUGAAACACCCGAAAACAGCGAUAAUGAAGAACCAUCCUGCAGUCAUCACCAUUCUCAGCCGAGAGUGCCAAAGAUCACAGGCAUUGGUCUGCGCAUGGUUUUCACUCUGAUUUCCGAAUCCAGAUUCACAAAUGUAAGUUUCUGCGAGAAAUCACUAACAGCUUUGUUGGAUGUAUUACAAGGACAUACCCCGGAAGAGAUGACUCAAGAGCCCCAUGAGAUGAUUUCACUAUUACAUUCAAUACUGGCUGAGUUGUCCAGCGGCAUCGGCCCGACCGGAAGAAUUGACGUGCCGACUAACUACACCUCGCAAAGCAGUUCUUGUUUAAUAGCACUUUCAGUUGCCAAGGGGGAAGCGGAGCUGAUACUGAAUGCUAUAGCUACCUUGAUUAUGGUCCCUAAACCUUUGGCUGAACAAUAUAUACAGGUACCUUCUAAUUUGAUCACUCUGCAAAGAAGCGUACAGUCAGUGAUACUUGGUGAAUCCUCGCGGAAUCAGUGGAUUAAUUUCGGAGUGCCCCAUCAAAGCCUCGUGUCAAGUUUCUCAGUGGAUUUACCUUGCAUGAUGUCAGGGCCCGGGGAACUCAUAGUCCGUGCCCUGGCCUCGGACGGAUGCUAUCUCUAUUUGUACACCGCAAAAGGACUCAUUAAAAUUGGAUCUGGAUACGGCAGCUCCAUAAGACAGCAUGUCUAUCAAUCUAAAUAUGAUUUCUUCAACGGUGACCGCCACGGAUGGCUGGGACAUUGUCAGAAUAAACUAUAUGUGAGGAUUGGAAGAAAAAAACCAGAGGUGUACGAAGUGAAUAAAGAAACCUUAGAAGUUAUAAGGAUACUUCGACUUGAUCCUGGAAUACCCGGCACCCCCGAGCCGAAGUGUGCCGUGUUUACGGACGGCUAUCAACUGGGACUUAUCCUACUUACUACUUAUGACAAUCUUACCGUCAAAAUGUACGACGUAAAUGAACAACCUGAGCAAAAUAAUGAAUCCCCUAUCGUGCUGACUUCUCGGAAAGACUUCAAUGUACAUCUGUUGAGGCAAAGGACUAUAGCACUGGGACGUCCGCCGUUUGACGACGGCAUGUCAAGGAGGCCUGGUGACUUUGACACGCCAGUACUGAUGCAAUUCGACGAUAAUGUUCGCGAUCCCUUGAGGGGUAUCUGCGUCGGUCAAGACUUCGGUUUGUUGACAACUGCUUCUGGAAAGGUGUACUACACUGGUAAAGGCACAAGCCUGGGAUACAAGAUGGCGUCCCCACACAUUGGACGAUGGACUCUCAUGAAGGAGACAUUAUUCAACAGGCACGAACCCAACGUGAAGAAGUGUAAAGUUGUUCAGACUGCGGUCGGACACGAGGGAUGCCAUGCCAUCCUUGUCCUGGACAACGGCAGUGUUCUGUUCACGGGCAUCGCUAGACGCGGCGAAGACGGCGACAGCGAGAAACCACGCCGCAACCCCAAACCUACGCGCCCCAAGAAAAUAACUAAGGUGGAGGGUCAUCAUAUCGUGUACGCGGCAUGUAACUACGGUUCGACCGCUCUUUUGACUCGUCAAGGCCUAUUGUUUAUGUUCGGAAAGGACACGCAGCAUUGCGACGAGUCGGGUUUGGUGACAGGCCUCAGGCACGAGAGAAUCAUACAAGUAGCGCUCGGUAAAGCGCAUGCCGUUGCGUUAACAAACUUCGGACAAGUCUAUACUUUCGGUAUAAACAAUAAGAGCCAAUGCGGCAGGGAAUUCGGCUACGGUAAGGAAAAAUACCACCCACGGCGUACUCGCAAGGAGGAGGUGCAGACGUGCCCUGGCGAGCACACCUUCGCCACCGAUUACUGUCGCGUGUGCACUGUCUGCCGGCGCUGUACUGGCUUGGAAAACGAGUGCUGUUGCGGACCCAUACCAUCGCGUGUACCCGGAGAAUACUGCAGGGCAUGCAUUUGCGGCGAAGGCGACAGCAGUUGCUCAACUUGCGGUGUCUGUCGCAAAUGUGCUCGCGUCGCCAAAACACCGCGCACACCGAAGGCGGAUGUAGACGAAGCCAUUGAAGUCGAUCCCCCCGAACAGAAAUCUGUACCAGAGAGCGAGGAGAUGAGCAAAGCGAUGGAGUACGAGAUGGCGAGCGCUGGUCCGAGUAACGAGGUGGAGGUAGACCGUGGCGAGAGGAGUGACAGGGACGCAGCUGUGAAGCUGAACAGUCUGCCGCCGGCGCGCAUCGCCGUGCCCGGAGGACAUCGUGUCGUCGCUAUCGCCUGUGGCUUACACCACACGGUGCUGCUAUCGCAGAAUGGUGAAGUGCUGACGUUCGGGUCCAACCAGAUGGGUCAACUUGGCGCUGGUGACGUUGCGCCGCAUCACCGCAUCGUGCGGCUGCGGUCGCUGCGCGCGUUCGCUGUCGCUGCCGGCAGCAACCACACCGCCGUCGUGUCGCGAGACGGCGAACUCUAUACUUUCGGCUAUCAUCAGAAAGGGUCACUGGGACGUCAACAGCCAGAGGAGCCCCAGCGUCAGGAGCGCGGGGUUUGGUACGCAACUCCUGGCCGCGUCUCACGUAUCGGGCCCCGCGACACCUCUAAAGCUCUUUGGGUCUCCGCGUGCGGCGACCAGACCUUCGUCCAACUCACUCAGUCCGUUGUUAAGACAGAUUCUCUCUUUAGUUCGACGAUAACUGCUAAUGGCAACAAUAUUGUGAUCCUGCCCAAUCGACCAGAGCACACAUUCAAAUGCAUCACCAUAAAUAAAGUGGAUGGAUCUUGCAACGCGUGGACUGGAUCUGAGCAAUUCGAGUUUGUGAACAGUGUCGCAUGCCUGGACCCCCUGUACGAUGUACUCUGGAGCUACCAGCCGGCAACGAGAGUCAUGAAGUGCUUCAACAUUCUCGCCUUCGAUGCCAACAAACUGCAGCGUUGCUAUAACGAUCCGGAUGCGACAACCGAAAAUGAAAAUCAAUACCCUAAUUUCGGCAUUAUGAAGCGUUUAGAAGACUUCAAAGAUCUGACGACUUUCGAUGAGUGUCGUACUAAUGAGGAGAAACCAACAGAAAAUUUAACACGAACCAACUUGUCCGUGUUACACCACGACCUUGCUAUACCCAACGUUGCUGGCUGUCAAGUAACAAGGAUGCAUGCGGCAUUGCUUCUCUUGGGCUGUUUGGACACUCUUACAUAUGCUCAUGAUAAUAAGCUCACAAUAACGGAAUACAAACCCGACAGCAUGUCAAUGGGCGCGCCGCCAUUGCUGGAAGACUUCCUGAUGGUGAACCGGUUCGCUGGUCACGGCGGCGGCUGGGGAUACUCCGAAGAUGCAGUAGAAGCUGUACGCUUCAUGUGCGAUACGGAUAUUUUAUUAGGUGGAUAUGGAUUAUACGGAGGUCGUGGCGAUUACACGGCAUCGAUCAAGUUGUUUGACAUUGGAAGGCAAGGGGGUGAGCAAGAAGGGGAUGGGGAGCUCGUUGCUGAAAGCGAUGAGGUCGUGUACGAAUGCGCACCCCAGGAUCGCUUCCCCGUUUUGUUUGAUUCUCCAGUAUCUAUAUCGGCUAAUCGAUGGUACGUGGCUUGGGCUAGCGUCAGUGGAUCUUCUUCUGACUGCGGCUCCUCGGGCCAAUCGAUGGUCAUUAAUGAUGAAAUCGCCUUCCAAUUCAAAUCAUCUAAAAUGUCCAACAAUGGCACGGACGUGAAUGCGGGACAAAUACCUUGUCUCCUGUACACUGUUCUAGGUAGCAAUGCUUUGGCGCUCCGACAAAAACAAAGACGUGAGCCAGUAGUUGUUUUAUCAAAGAACAUUUCUCGUAAAGUCACCGUCGGAUGCUUUAAAUCCCUGAUAAUGGUAAUGGAAUGGUGCUGGAAGGCAUUCAGAGAUAUGGUUGAGUCAACAAACGGAUUAGUCCCCAUAAAUUUUCAAAAACUAAGUGCGAUGAAACAGCAAAAAAGAUUGGUGUUUAUUAUAAGCUCCUGCAUGAGACUUGUAAGAUCUUAUAUAAAUGAAAUUUUCCCAAACACUAGUAAAAAGAGGAAUUCUUAUGAGUGCUCAUCAUAUUCCGAGGCUAUCGGUGACUUACGCAACUUCCUCCAGAGUAUAAUGGCACAGCAAGUACCCAUUUGUGCACCGUUGCCGCGGCGCUCCGGCAGGCGAGGUUAUAGAGCUUGCUACGUUCAGUUUUCUUUGGAAUUGACACACUCUGUGCUUAAAGAGGCUCACGACACGGUCACUUCGUGCUUCCACGCGUUUUAUCCAACGCCUACACUCAAAUGGAACCAUUUGUGCUCCCGGCUGAUUUAUGUUAAGGAGGGGAAAGUACCUAUGGCCAGCGUGAUGGAGCUGUCGUCAACGUGCGCGGCGCUGUGCAGCUCUAACAACUUGCUAGAUGUGCUGCAGUACAUCGUGGGGGUCACGCAGAGUUUCCUGCACGCAGAAGACAAACGCCGCGCUGAACGCUCCGACGCCAAGAUGGCGAAGGACAGCCAGUCUAACCCUGGUCCAUCGUCGCGUUCCACGUUCUCUCAGAAUCCGCCUCCUGUGCCGCCUAGAUCAAACAAUACAAGCCAAGAGGAAAGUGAGCCGCAGCCGCCAUAUGUGGACUGGCAUUUGAUGGACGCAAUGCCCCGUCUGUUGGACAUGGUCCUGAUACCAGUGAAGCAGCGGAUGACGACACGGCCGUGCCCCAAGCCCCACGACCACGGCGAGGCCGCGGCCCACCAGCGCCUGGCCGAAUACUGCUGCAAAUUCUUAGUGCGGAUAGUCGCUGAACUAGCGCAGUGUACUAACGAUGCCAGGGACGAACUGGACUCAAAUACUGUGAAGCAUCUAGUCACCCCGUCGCGCUUUGUUCGCGUGAACCCGAACCGUGCUUGGAACACGGGCAACGGGAGUCCCGAUUCCAUCGCUUUCAUAGUGGACAGACCCGGCGUUAUGCUGGAGCCACUCAUCUCUGAGUCCCCCUUCCGUAAAGUAUACAAGCGGCGUAUUCUGCUGUCCGCGGAGGAAGGCGAACAGGAUGACUUCAAUGAUGAAGGAGAUCUCGAGACUAACUGCACGCAUCACAACAAAGUCUACUUUAGUGUGACACCGCGACUUGCUAACGUCGCUUCUGAAUAUCCUCAGAAAGCUAUUUUGGUUCCUGGAAAUGAAGUUAUAUUUUCACUGGAGACAGCCUCCGAUUAUCUCAGUGACUACAAAAUUGACAAUGGUCCAGACAACCGUUUCGGUUUUCGCUGUCUGUGCGUGGGCUACGAAGACGCACCAUUCACUACGCAACGUAAUGGUUUAUCAUUACUCGAGAUGGAGCUGGUGUACGCCGGCGCGGCGUGCGCCUCGCGACUUCUAGCACCAGACUUGGAGCUGCCGUAUACUUCUCUCAAGACCCUGGCUGACAUCCAAUAUCUGACAACAUGGGGGCUGCCACAAGAGGGCGAGCCUCCUCUAGACAAUACUGAGAUGACCUUCAUAGCCCGAGGCUUGGAUCUCGCAACAUUGCCAACUAUACAUCAAGUCCUCGACGGACAGAAACUAUCCCGAACUACGCAAGCAAAUAUUAACCCAAGGAGAUCAUCACUAGAAGAACAAAUAGACGCCUAG